UGCCACCGCGUCAUAUCUUCCAACACAGUCCGAACUUCCUCGCAUGCCUCUCCGGGCGGCCCAUCCACUAUAGCUGCUCAUAUCCACCGGAAACCUUCCCGCCGCUCAUUGUGGAGAGCUCUAGCAGAGCUGGGCGUCAUGAAUUAAAGAAAAGCCUGCGUUUACAAAUCUGAUCACCAAACCCCUCUGCAAGUGUGGUGUGGUUGGACCAGCGGUGAUGGUUUUGGACCCAGGUGAGGACUGUAUGGAUCGGACAGAUGUCCAGGGGGUCAGAGGGAGCAGCAGCACCACAGACCUGACAGGGCCAGAACCAAGACCGGAUCCUCGCAAAACCACCACAAGCGACAGCACCAGACUAGAAAACACCAGACCGGAUGCCCCCAAAACCACCACAACUAGAAAAGAAGAGACCAGACCUGACACUACCAAAACCAUUAACACCACCACCACUAGAACAGAAGGCACCAGAGCAGACCCUCCCAAAACCACAGAAGAACCAACACCGGACCCUCCCAAAACCACCACCAGCACCUGGAUCCGUGCCAGGACGAGCAGUGUCACCAAGAGGGAGCGGCUAUCCAACUCCCACAAUGGACCCCAGCCUCAACCUCAGUUGUUGGGGGCCAAUGUCGGCCUUACCCCCAGCCCUAGGGCCAGUGUUUGCUCCUCGACCGACUCCUCUCACCCAGACUCGCCAUAUGAUGGACCGGUGGUCUCUCUGCGGCGGGACGUCACCGUGGCAACGGCCUCGUCUCGGAACAAGGUGGCGACCAGGCCCCCACUCCGCCGGCCCCUCAGCCUGGACGUGACGCCCCUGCGUCUCCGUGGCUCUGAGCCCGUGCUGGACCGCAGGGUCCUGCAGCCCCCCUGGCGUAGCGGUGGUGGUCCCUCCGCUGCCUCCUCGCCCCCAGCCCGCUCCCUCACCAGCCCCAGCCUGGGCCCCGGAGGCUGGAUGCGCCGCAGCGAGAGCACCUGUACCGUCAACAACUCCUCAAUGGGCCUCCGGGCCACCAGGGGGCGUAUGCGGCCAGCCACCUCCCUUCCCCACAUUGCCCGGGGGUUUGGAGGGGCCUCCACGCUGCCCUUGCCUUCCACGCCGCGGGGCCCCUGUCUCCUUGUGGCCCUCAGACCCGUUAACCUAGACCAGGAGAGGCAGGCCUUCUUCCAGUCUGACUAUAAAUACGACCCACAGUUUGAGUACUCGACCCCGGAGCCCAGCACUGUGCUGGAGAAAUACAGAGAGGGAUCUGGCCUCUUCCUCACACAGGCUGUUGGGAUUAUGGAGUGUAUUCUGAGGAAGUUUGGUAACUAUGAGAACUUUGAGGAGGUGACGGGAGGAAGUAUUUUACCGAAGAGUAGAGUCUGGGCUGCUGCACGCAAGUACCUGCAGAAGGAGAACUGUGUAGGAGAGGUGGUGGUGUGUCUGUCUGAGGAGCUGCUGUCGCAGGCUGUGAUGAUGGUGGAGAGUUGUCGUCCCACUCUGACUAUCAACCUGUCUGGAGCACGACAACACUGGCUGGAGGGCAUGUUCAGGCAUGAGAUAGGAACCCACUACCUUCGGGGUGUGAACAACAACCUGCAGCCCUGGUCCACUUCCGCAGGCAGGAAGCAGUAUGGCCUGAAACCGGCCAAUCCCACGGAAGAGGGCCUGGCAAGCCUGCACAGUGUGUUGCUACGGAAACAGCCCUACCUGUGGCGCGCCGCUCUGCUCUACUAUACGGUGUACCACGCCGCCAGGAUGAGCUUCAGCCAGCUCUUCAGCCACAUCGCUCAGUUCGUCCAGGAUCCCGCGGUGCGCUGGGAGUACUGCCUCAGAGCCAAGAGGGGACAGACGGACACCUCGCAGCCUGGCUGUUUCAGUAAAGAUCAGGUGUACCUGGACGGAAUCCUCAGGAUUCUACGACAUCGGAGGAACAUCGACUUCAAGAUGUUGACCUCGCUAGGAAAGGUGUCGUUUGAGGAUGUGGAAAGGCUGCGGCACAUCGCCGUCCUCCGCCGGACCAGAAUCCCUCACUUCAUGCAGGACCAGGAGAAAUACCUUCAGCAUCUGGACCACAUCGUCACGGUCAACGAACUGAGCGACGCUCAGCUUAGAGAACUCCUUCCCUGACCAACCGACCUUCAGCUGUGCGCGGUAGAUCACCUGCUGGGAGUCAACGAAGGUGGCGAUUCAACGUGUAGAAUGGUUGGGAAAUUCAUAGAAAAUGGCGGCUGAUGUUCGGUGGUCAGAGGCGUUAAGAAUGGUUACCUGCUGCCGAUUACCUCUGGUCAGCGAGGUCUGUUUUCCCCUUGACUGACUGACUCCCUCUGGUCUAGACUGGCCAUACCAUCCUUGACUGACCAAACUCCCUCUGGUCUAGACCUAACCCUAAUCCUCCCAAGUGUCAUUCAUCACCCUGCUGUUGGAAAGCCCUGGAAAUGAAGGCUAGUGUUCCGACAGACAGAGUAUGUGGAGCGAACAUAUCAACACUUUGAUCAUAUCUACUACGCUUGGAUCACAUUCAGUAUGGUUGAGUCCUAAACUGAACCCCAUUCUCUAUGUAGUGCACUACUUUUGACCAGAUCGCAGGUCAGAUGUAGUGCACUAUAAAGGGAAUAGGGUGUUAUUUGUGAAGCAACUCAACUGAAGAUCAGAGGAGACCCUGGAAGCGGCUGUUGAACCAGACAGAGACAGUCAGAGAGACUUGUAAAGUUGUACAACUUUAUUUCCCAGCAAGCGAGUGUCAUGGGGGAGUCUACUGCUAGUGUUAAAUGUUUCUUGGAUAUUGAGCAGUGUGGUGGACAGAGCAGUGAGGAGACAGGAAAAUCAAUGACUUUGUCUCUCUCUCGCUCCCCCCUCUCUCUCGCUCUCUUAUUUGGACCAAGUCUCUCUCUCUCUCUCUAUCAUCCUAAAUCAUGGUCAUAUAGCCCAACAGAUCAGUGGAUUGUUGCGAUGACAGGAGUCCUGCAGGGACACAGAACGGUUCUUCGAUGAUAUCUACCUUGUGUUCAUAUUCAACCCCCUGGAUCAUAUCUACGUUGUGUUCAUAUUCA